CCGGCAGGCAGUCAGCUGAGCCAAAUCACUCGACCUUCAAACAAUUAUUUACAUAAAGCACAAAUUUCGCUGCCUCCUGCACUACCGAGAUGCACGGGAUCCACAGAGGGGUGCUCAGGAGGGUCGGCGGAAGCUUAGCAGUACUCAGGAAGGAACCAGCAGGAACAUGGCAGCCACAGGACUCGCGUAUGGAAGAAGGAAGAGGUGGGGGAUGCCUUCUCGCUGCACCCUGGCCACCCCUGCUCACACUACCUCACCGACCCUUCAUUUCAACCGUAUUGGGGGGCAAGAAGAAAGAAUAUUCAGAGAGGCGUGUCUUAGGGUACUCCAUGAACCAAAUGUUUGAUGUGGUGUCUCAGGUGGAGGAUUAUCAUAAGUUUGUCCCCUACUGCAAAAAAUCACUAGUCACAGUCAGGCGGCCAGGUUUCCUUAAGGCUGACCUUAUAGUUGGGUUUCCUCCAGUAGUGGAGUCAUACACCUCCAGCGUGACCCUUGCCAAGCCCCACCUGGUGCGAGCCGUCUGCACUGAAGGGAAGCUAUUCAACCACCUCCUCACCAUAUGGAAAUUCAGCCCAGGGAUCCGAGGACAGCCCAACACCUGCACAUUGGACUUCUCUGUAUCGUUUGAGUUCCGUUCAGCUAUCCACUCACAACUGGCACACGUGUUCUUUGAUGAGGUGGUCAGGAAAAACGUGAACUCCUUCCUGAGAGAGGCCGAGAAACGUUACGGCAAAGCUUCCAUCGUUGCUCGACCCCCUCGCAUACUACAUGCCUCUUGAGGGAAGCAACCUUAGGGCUUUUAUUUUCUUAAUAUCUGUAUCUACUGGUGUGUAUGUGUGUGUGUAAGGAUAUAUGUGUGUGUGUGUGUGUGACUGUAUUUAUUGUACAUAUGCGUUUAUAAAGUCUGUUAAUAAGACUUUUCUAUGCAAUACUGUGUUGUCACUGCCGAUCUGUCUCCUGUUUCCUAUUUCUAUAUGAAUGUAUGUCUUGUCUGUCCAUCUCUUUCCCUCUUGUUCUGUAGUGAAAAUAAAAAUUAUGGUAUCAUGUGUUCUGUGUAUGUUUCUCUCUCUCUCUCUCUCUCUCUCUCUCUCUCUCUCUCUCUCUCUCUCUCUCU